CGCGUGUCAAACACCUGCCUUUUUCUUUUUUCACCGAAAAACCUAAAAGAAAAAAAGAGAGAAGAAGAAAACUUCGAACUUCCGCUUCGCCGAUUCCACACUUUUACUCUCUCAACUUCAAAUCCCUCACUCAAACAAAAAAGGCUCAAAUCGAAUCGAUUUAAACUAAAAGCAUACUUUUUUUUUCUUUGAAUUAUUACUAUUAAUUUGUUUUUCUCAGAUAUUUGAUUGAAAUGGAGUUGUUAGAUGGAAACUUAGAGCUCAAAGAGAUUCAAAAGCUUCAAGGUCAUACCGAUAGGGUUUGGAGCCUCGCCUGGAAUCCCGCCACCGCCGCUGCCGACGUUCCCAAGGUUUUCGCUUCUUGUAGCGGCGAUAAGACCGUUCGAAUCUGGGAAGAGAGCCCCUCUACUCGCUCCUGGGACUGCAAGGCUGUUUUGGAAGAAACACACACUAGAACCGUCCGAUCCUGUGCUUGGUCACCAUCUGGGAGAUUGUUGGCCACUGCUAGCUUUGAUGCAACCACUGCCAUAUGGGAAAAUGUUGGGGGUGACUUUGAAUGUGUUUCUACUUUGGAGGGUCAUGAAAAUGAAGUGAAAAGUGUGUCUUGGAAUGCAUCAGGUUCUCUUCUUGCAACAUGUGGGCGAGAUAAAACUGUUUGGAUUUGGGAAGUGAUGCCAGGGAAUGAAUUUGAGUGUAUUCAAGUUUUGCAAGGUCAUACUCAAGAUGUUAAAAUGGUUGAGUGGCAUCCGACUAUGGAUAUUUUGUUUUCCUGUAGUUACGAUAACACUGUGAAGGUAUGGUGGUCAGAUGAUGCUGAUGGUGAUUGGAGCUGUGUACAAACUUUAGGUGAAUCUAGCAAUGGUCAUUCUUCCACCGUCUGGUCGCUUGCUUUUAAUGCUAAGGGAGACAAAUUGGUGACUUGUAGUGAUGAUCUUACCAUGAAGAUAUGGGAAGCAGACAUCAUAAGGAUGCAGUCUGGUGAUGGUUAUGCACCCUGGAAUCAUCUGUGCACACUCUCAGGUUAUCAUGAUCGAACCAUCUUUUCAGUUCACUGGUCAAGAGAGGCAAUUAUUGCCAGUGGAGCUGCUGAUGAUGCUGUAAGGUUGUUUGUAGAGAGCAAAGAUGGUUCGAUGAAUGGAUCUUCAUAUCAAUUGCUAUUGAAGAAGGAGAAGGCUCAUGACAUGGAUGUAAAUUCAGUACAAUGGUGCCCUGGGGAGAAACGUCUACUUGCUUCAGCAAGUGAUGAUGGAACCAUAAAGAUAUGGGAGUUGGGAACUUUGCCUUGAUCAAAACUUUGACUUUAGCUAACCUUGGGGAUUUUACUUUUUCUAUGGUUUCAGAAAUUUGUUUUAAGUUGGGUUGUGGCUUUGAGAAAUCAUGAAUUAAAAUAUUAUAUAGAAAACUUAGUUGAAAUAAUUGUCAAGCAGAAGCUUCUGUGUAUAAAUUUUAAGAGCAAAAAUGAAAUUCUUGAUGAGCUUGGAUCCUUA